ACUUCGGUGUUCUACUGGUUCUAAACGAUCAGUUAAACAAGCCUGCAAAUAUAAUUUCUAUAAAGAAAUAAUCUGAAAUAGGACAGAAAUGGUCAACCAAAAGCGUGUUGCGUAAAUUCGAUUGUCAACUAUCAACUUUAACAGCCGGCUAGUAAUUCUGUGUUUAAAUAUCCUAUUUUGUUGUUAAUUUAUAGCUGUUUUAAAUAUAUAUAUAUGUAUAUAUUGUUAUUAAUUAAGAAACUAUUUAUUGCUGUGAAAAUUUUAUAGAGGCACUGUCUUAUCAAACAUAUGCAGCCACCCUGUGGACAACUUUGAUAAAUCUUUACUGGUUUUAUAAUUAUGGUUCUUUACUUUAGUGGAGUGUCCAGGCCUAUAAUAUAUCCCGUAUUCCUUAAAAAUUGAAAAGACUUCAAUCUGUGGCCCUGAAGUAUGAAGGAAAUCUAGCUAUUUUCAUAAUAUUAACAAAAAAGCGUUUGGUGACAGAUAUACAUCCAAUCUUGAACAAUAUUACAGAUUAAUAAUGUUUCUCAAUACUGUGCAAAUUAUAAUUUAGUUCUGUUACUCUAAAAAUACAGAAAGUAGUUAGUUAAUCAUCUGUGACUAAACAAUGCAGUUACACAGUGAUGGAGAGAAAUUUGAUCAUCAUCUAUGGUUAAAACUGUUCAAUGAUAGUACUACUGAUGCAGAAAAGCAAGAAAUUACUCAGAAAAUUAAUUGCUGCUAUGAGAAGCUUAUUUCAAGCAAGUCAAAAACUAAUGAGUCGAUUUUAGGCCCGGAAAAACAGAAUUUUCAAAAAAUUCUGUUGCACUUUGUCAGUAUUUUUCCUUUUCUACCAGGAUUAAAUAAUACUAUUGAAAAGAUUGCCAACAUUUCAGAGGAUUUACUGCAAGAAAAUGAAAAUGAAUACUGUGAAAUAUUUGUGGAGAUUAUUACUUACAGCUUUGAGCAUCUCCAAUGUAUAGAUUCAGAUUCUAAAAAGGAUGCUACCAUGGACUUUAUCACAGUAUUUAAGGACAUUUUUACACUGGAUGAGGACAUGAGAUUGCUUGUUUUGAAUUUUUUUAUGAAAGUAUUUUAUGAAACCUAUGAUCCUAAUGAAAAAUACAUUAUAGAUUUUGUUAGUCUUAUAAAUCAACUCAUUAAAGAUGACAUUUAUUCCAAAGGAAAAACUCUUGAAAUUUCUGCUAAAACAUCUGUUACCAAUUUUGUUAUGGAUCUCUUGGCAUUCAAAUCACGAAAUUCAGAGUCUUUCAAAUCAUUUAAUGAUGAGGAGCUGAAGAAUCUUACAGGCUUUUUCUUGAAUAAGUUUUCAACUCCAGCUUUGAAUUUAAAGCUACAUAUUGAGGCUGGCCAAUUAAUAAAGAAACUUGUUUUGUGUCAGAAGCCAGAUGUAAGUCAGUUACGAGUACAAGUUGAAGACCAGUUACAAAAUCCUGAUGCAAACAAGAUACUAAAGCAGUUGAAAUCUAAGGUUGAUGAUCUAAAAAAUAUUGUAAUAGUUUUAACUUCAAGAUUGAAAUUAGUCAUUGAAGAGGAGAUAUUUUUAAUCCACAGUUCAGAUUUAAGGAAAAAGGGGGAUAAGCCCUCUGAUUCUAUUGGAAAUUUGGCUGGCUACAAUGAAAAAUUUAUAGAACACCCUUGGAAUAAUGAAUGUUUUAGUAAUAGUUAUCAAGACUAUUACAACUUAAUUGAUGUAGUACUCACAGUAGCACAGUCUGUUAUUAAUAUUUACAUGGAAAUUGUUAAUGUAUUUGAUGAGAAACAUGAGUAUUUUGAUUUUGAUCCUAAAUUAUUUCAAGACUUUCUCUGUGUUACUUCAAAAGCAUUAUGUUUCUUUCCUGGUUGUAUGUUUUUUAAAGAGAGCCCCAGCAAGAAAGAAGGUUUUCUGAAUUUAGCAGCUGUGUUUGGGAAAUUCUCACCAAAAAGACUCCAGCUUAUUUUGCAUCUCAGCUUUGAAGUCAUUCUCAAUUGUAUUUUGAAAAAUUAUGAAUUUAUGUAUUUUCUUAUUGAACUUCUCCAUGAACCAUCCAAUCUAUCAACUGCAGUUAUUGAAGUUCUCUUGAAUUAUCUUUUAGAACAUGUGGAAGACAUAGGAGCUAAUAACCACAUGUUCAACUUAUUUCUGGAUUUUUUGGAAAUUAUCAAAAUUGUUUCUUUUAAAAUAGAAAAUAGAGUAAGAUCAGACAAUAAAGAAAUUUUUAUGUUACACUUGCCCGACAUCAUAAAUAAAAUAUUUGAAAUGAUUCAAAAGGCUGAAAAACCUCAUAACUACAUUGUGCUGCUGCGUAGAUUACUUUUAAAGAAAUUCGAUGAAACUGCUAAAGAUCUAUGUGCUGUUAAAUGGUGUGAAAUCUAUAUCAUUAACGAAAUAUUUGAAAGAAUGAAUCAGUACCUGAAAUUCCCAAUGAAAUCCAAGUAUAAGGAUGAACUUCUUGAUAUAUGUCUUGAUGUCAUAUCUAUCAGAAAACACUAUUUUUUACAUGAUUUUAAAUUAGAACCCUGUUUGUGUAAACUGUAUCUUCGAAUCAUUAAUUCAUCUUUAAGUGCAUCUGAAUCAAUAAUUCUCAAAGGAUUGACUACCUUGAAUGUCUUGUCAAAAAAAAUUGGGAUAAAUUCAAGGGAAGUUGAAGAGAUGAAGUUUGAGAUAACUGAAACUUUACUUGAAAUUUUAGAUAAUUCCUCGAAUAAUGAUAUAAGAUUACAGACUUUCCAAUUGCUUCUUAAGCUCAAAACUCAAAAUUUAGGGGAUAUUUUUGCAUUUCAACAGAAGCAGAAUGUUACAUCAGCUGAUACUUUUGCAGAUAUGAAAAAUUGUAUGAAACUGUAUGUUUUGCAAGAUAAAGAUAGUAUGACGGAAUUACCUAUUUACAUAGAUAAGUUAAUUAUCUCAGCAUGCAAAGUCUUAUGUGAGAGUAACCGUACAAGAGAUCGAGAGUCCAGUUGGAAUAUCAUCAAAAUAUUUUUAGCAUCUACCAUUAUAAAUAGCAACACACAUGAUGAAAUAAGAAACUGCCUUCCAUCCAAUCGUUAUAUCAAUGGUGGUGCUGAACGCGAAGAAUUUCAUCUAAAAAAUCAUAGAAAACUUAUUUACAAACAGAAAGUUACUGAAUACUUUUUAUUGUUACUGACUGAAGAUUGCAAAAGAGAUGAAUCUGAAACGGUAAUGAUUGAAAGUUACAAAAUAGCGUCUUUCAAAAAACAUUGCAAAAAACUUGGAAUCCGAAAAAUCAUCCAACCUGAAGAGCUAAUGAAAGCUGUUACAGAAAAUUUCCAUGCUGGAACUAAAAAAAGAUAUUCUGACCCUGUAUUAAGAAAUGAACCUAUCUACAAGUCUGCUUUUUGUGCAAUGUUUGCUCAAGUUACAAUGGAAACUACAAAGAACGGAGAUCAAAGAUGCCAAGAAUUUUUUCGAAAUGUAGUUCUACAUUACACAUUGCUUGCAAUACUUCUAGAAUUAAAUCCUAUGCUUUAUUAUGGAAGGGAUGUUGUUAAUCCAGCAUUACUUAUAGAUGCUUUUAUCGAUUACAUGUCCUGCUCACAUCAGCAUAUUGAAGAAAAAAGCAUGUUUGGACUUAAAUUUCUUAAAACCAUUAUAAUUUCCGUUGGAUGGUUCUUUUCAGCUGAACAGGAAAAAACUCUGUGGAGCUUUAAUUAUUUCAAGACAUUGUUUGAUAAACUUUGUGCCCUUUGUUAUGCAGAGUCACCAUGGGAAAAAAAUUUUGGGUGUGAAGCAUUGUUGUUUUUAUUGGGUUCAGAGUGUAAGAAAUUGUUCUUCCUUCGAUUCAGUUCAGUUCAAGAAUCUGCAAUUAUGAAAGCAUUGCUCUAUGUUAUUGAAAGUUCUACAAAGUGUAUAUCAGAAGGUGUCACAAUGCUUGCAGAGCGAGGUUUGGAUCAAGCUGUUGACUACAUUUCUGCAGCUAGUUCUCAAGAUUUAGAAAGUGUUUUAAGGCUGUUUUUUGAUGCUUUGAUUAAUCCGAGUGAAGCAGUUAGAAGUAAGGCAUACUCAUGUUUGCAAAAAAUUGUUAAGAAGAAUACAGUUUCAAAUUUGGACAUAUACAUAAAGGGUAUUUACGACCAAUGCUUUGAAAUGCUUAAGGAAUAUUCCAUAUGCCCUACUAAGGUUAUAAUUGGAAUUCUAAAGGGUUUCUGUCUGUUACAAUCAUUUAAAAAGAACUCUCUUUCAGACUAUUUCAACACAAAUCUUAAUGCAGGAUUUUUUCUAAAGGAAUUUCUUCUUGAACAAUGUGCGAAAGUUAUUUCUAAGGAUUUUAAGUCACUUCAAGAAGAUGAGAAAGAAUUAUUUGAAAGCUCCUUGCAAAUUUUGUGCAUUAUGAGUAAAAGUUUAGAAACAGAAAACGUAUCAUCUGUAAUUGAAUGUAUUAUUUAUGCUUUAACGUCUGCCAAUGAAAAAAUGUAUAUAUUUGCAACAAAAUGCUUACGCAUUCUUAAAAAAUAUGUUAGAGAAACUCCUAAAGCUGAUUGGCUGAAAACCUCAAUUACAAAACGUAUUAAGUCUGUUUUGCAGUCUGAAUCACUAAAAACUCAUGAUGUCCAUGUUGUUAGUUGCUUUUUGUUUGUUUUCCAAGACUUGAGGGUUGAAGAAAAGGAACAUAAAAUGUUGAUGUCUGGUUUUGAAAAAUAUUUGCGUGACUGGUUUACAAACAGUAAAACUGUUAAGUAUACAGAAUAUGUGAGGACACUGUACAGUAUAAAGAAUUCUUGUUUUUGGUUUUGCAAUAUACAUCCUGACCUGUUUUUGCCUUUGAUAUUGUUGAUACAAGAAUCUGACUUUUAUAUCCAUCUGAAACAUUUUGAUGAUAAUCUCCUAAAGCAUAUGGCUUGUUAUGAAAAACACACGAUCAAAAUUUUAGAAGAUGUGAAAGAGUUUGAGAAACAAAUUUAUUCAUUUUUUGAGUUUGUAUUAAAGAGCUGCCAUGAAAAGGAUAUCCGCCUGUGUUUAGAAAAAAAUACUGUCAUUUUAAAGAAAAUGCUUAACCGAUCUUCAAAAACCUUACAUCUGAGUGAACAUCAGUGUUGGGCUUUGAGGAUUAUCAGUAUUUUAUGUAAAUACAACAAACAUUUCAUAAUUCAACAGACAGAUUUAUUGCCAGAAUUAUUAACUAUUUGGAGAGAUGCUGAUUUCAAAUCCCUAAACUCAAAAGCAGAUUUCAUUAAUUUGGAAGAAUAUAUGAUUAUAGCAAAGUGUUUCUUAAGCUUUUUUUCUCAUGACUUAUCAAAACCUGAAUUACUGAACUUAAUACCACAAGCAGGAUUAUUUAACCUAAUAUCAGAACCAAAUUUUUUAAAUUUAAUAUCAGAAUUAGAAUUAUUUGAUCAUAAAUCAAAAACCGAAUUAUUGAAUUUGUUAUCAUUGAAUUUAGAAGGCUUAAAACCUGAAUUAUUGAGUUUAGUAUCAAAAGCUAAAUUAUUACAUUUAGUUUCAAAUCCUAGAUUAUUGAGUUCAAUAUCAAAAUCUAAAUUAUUGAACUACGUAGAACCUGAAUUAUUGAGCUUAGUAUCGAAAACUGAAUUACUAUUUAUGAUUUUUAGAGUAGCAACUGGAUGUUUUCUACCGCAACUUUCAUUUUUUAAAGACCUUCCUCAUUUAUUUAUUUCAAAGAUGUCUACUUUGGAACAAGAAGAACUGCUACUAAGAAUUUUUGACAGGGAAAACCUAGAUAAUGAUGUGAAGAUAAAUAUUUUAAGGCACUUAAUAAUACCAUCAUUUUCUCAUAUUACCGAACUGACUGAUGAAAGGGAAAAAACUGAAACUAUAUCAUUUGAAACAUCAAAAUUAUGGGAUUAUAUGAAAUCAGAAAAUACUACACCAGAUUUGGACUUGAUACUGUUGCAGCUUUCAAGUUGCAUUAUGAAGAAUAAUACUAAAGCCUCUUUAAAAAAUUGUAUAAGACCGCAGAACGUUUUGGAGCCUUUACAAGAUUUUUCAAACCACCAUCAACUAAAUGUAUUUAAUGUUGUUAGAAGUUAUGGCUAUUUACUGCUUAGUUUAAUACUUCAUUCACAAACUUCAGAUCAAAAGGACAAUACUAUGGAUACUUUGGAUCAAAAAACAAUUGAUAGGGUGUUUCACAAUUUGUUUGAUAUUUACCAGUCUCAGUGGCGCUCAAUUACUAAAGAUGCAUUAAAGAAUUCUAUUCAAAUCUGUAUGAGUUCCAAAGAGGGUUUCAAAAUAUUAAAAGUCACGAUUUUAAAAGCACUUGAAUGUAAAGUCUUGGUUAAAAAAGCUUUUAUUUUGAGAACAGUUACCCAACAUUAUGAGGCAUUUUAUGAUUUCAAGUCAGACAUCAUUGAAGAAAUGGUUAACUUUGUUGAUUUGUUAUCUAUUGGCAAUAGUAAGAAAUCUGUGCUUGUAGUGGAUAUUAUUGAUGUUAUAUUGGCUUGGCAUAAACGCAAUGUGAAGGAUAAAGAAGGCAAUAAAAAGCCACUACUAGACAAACCGUCAAGCAGAGUGCUGAUUAAACGCCUUUUAAAUGUAUAUUGUUUGGAUCCUGAAGAAGUUAGCCAUGGAUUGAUGCUGAUUACUGGAAAAGAUUUGAUCGAAAAAAGUUCCACACUUUUAAAAGAGGGAUUUACUUGUAAUAUGUGGAGUAUUGACUGUUUAGAGACCUAUGCUAUUUUUAAAGAAUCUCUAGAAUCUCUGGGAAUAGUUGAAACAGAAGAACUUCAGCUAAAUCUAAAAGCCCAAGAAGGAAGAAUUCAGAUACUUCUUUGUUCCUGUCUUGGAAUGAACAAUCCUAAUAUUCUGGAUUUCAUGAGCAGAACACCGUCCACAAUUAAUGGGAAAAGUAUCAUAGAGGUGUUCAUUUCUGACUGCUUCCAAUCUAACUCCAUAAAGGUAGUUGAUUGUAUAAUUAAUAGUAUACUGGCAAUAAGAGUUCCCAACCAGUUCAGCAAAAAUUUUGAUAAAUCAUCAAAUUUUUUGUUGUAUUGUUUAAGACCUGCAGUACUUAAAAUGUCUUCUUGGAAACUGUGCCUGCAUCUGUUCUUGGAAUCAUUGCUAAGACCAGAAUCCUCCUCUGACAAGGAUUCAGAAAGUUCUCCUGUGUUGUUCUUUGCCAAAAUGGGCCUAUUACGUUGUUUGAUGCAUCUAAAUUUAUCCGAGACAAAAAUUUCCUCAAAGACUAAGAUUUUGUCAAUGGUUUUAUCUAUGAUGCCUAAAGUGACACCAGAAACCGAAAGUUUAGUUCUAUAUGGGCUCAAUGUUCUGAAAGAAUGGCAUAUUGAUUUUAUGAAGCCAGAAGAUAGAGAUAAAUUUUUCCUGGAAAAACUACCCACAUUCAUUGGAAAAAUUACCCGGAGUGAAAGCUUCAUGACUAUAAUUGGGCUUUCUCGAUUUUGGUUAACGAAAUUGGAGACAUUUAAAUACCUCGAACAUGUAACCAGAGAACUUAUGUUGGUUUUGGACAGUAAAUUUUCUGAUAACUCACUGCUUAUAGCACACUUUAAUGAUUUGUUGAUAAAACACCAAGAAAAAUAUAAAAUCGAAACGAAUUUUGUUUGGACAGUUAUGUGUGAAUCUGUUUCUGAAGAAUGGUAUAAGCAUCAACUAAUCCGAAAAACAUCGUACAGCCCUCUGAAAAAACUACUUCAAGCUCUUUAUGACAAUAAAAAUUUGUUCCAGAAAUUCUCAUUUGUAAAAUGCAUUGAACUGAUAAUACUAUCCUUGCAAGACUCAUUUUUAUUUAGAAACAUCGAUAGAGAAAAUCAGGAGAAUUCUUAUAAAACAAAGGAUAUGCUGGCACACUACAAUUCAUUUCUUGUGAAUCUAAUGAAAAUACGGGUAUCUGAUUUCGUUCCUAGCCUUCUACAUCUAUGCUACAUUGAUCCUUCUGUUGCUGAAUAUGUGUGGAAACAAAUCUUUAAAACAUUAUGGCAAACUACGUUAAUCGAGGAUAAAACGGAACUUAUCAAAGAACUUUCUGGUUUCAUUGGAGAGAAAAUGAAAAAUCAAACGACCAUUGCACAGGAAAAACUUUCAAUUUCAUCAUUUCUUCGGUCUACAGUUACUUGUAUGGCACCAUUACCUUUUGAUGAUUUUCUUCAUCAGCAUGUUUCAGAGAAUGUACAGUUUUGGUGUGAUGUGCUGAACUGUCUUGAAAAUUACUUCAAAGAGACAUUGCCAGGCGAUCUAAAAACCUCUUGGAAAAAAUGCUUCAAAGAGUUUAUGUCACUUGUCCUUAAAUAUUCUCCUCCUGAAGAUUUCAAAUCUCUGAAUAAAAGGAUAUUUUUAGAAGCCCUUUCCAAAUGGCCUGAAAAACCCAUAUCAUUAAGAAAAAUAUCAAGUGGACCCAGAAGAAAACAUGUUAAUUACACUGCUCUUUGCAAAAUUCGUGCCAAUGAUGAAGAUUUUUACCAAAGUUCCUUAAAGUGUGUUGAAAAACUGCCAAUGCAAUUAUUUCCUGACGAAGUUUGCAAAUCUCUACAGGCCAUCAACAUCUUAACUCAAAUUCACUUAGCAAAUGACGUUAAUAAAAUUAUACGGAGGAUUAAACAGAUAAAGAGCACUACUCUAACUAAAACAGACUAUUCAGAUUUGAAUAGAGAAUUGGUCACCUUAAGGUCGUCAACUCUAUCCAAAAUAGAUGAAUUUAUUAAAAACUCUGUUGCAAUUCACAAUUCAUCACUGACGAUUGAUUUAUGUUCUUCGUUUUGUCUUGGUUUGUAUCAGCAGCAACAGAUUCAAACCUGGGGAAAUAUUUUAAGGAAGACAGUUUAUAAAAAGAAACUUGCUAUCCAUUAUGUGAAUUCCUAUAUGGUGCAGUUUGCUGAAAUGUCUAAGAGGGUUGGUUGUGAACAAAUAGCAUGGAACCGUAUUCACAGCACCUCAUCUAUUCAUGGGUUGAUGAAGUUAUCUGCAUCAAUUGAUUACUAUUUACAUAAAGCUUCUAUGUCUGAAGAAAAUCUGCGGGAUUACUAUCUGAAUUUAGUAUGUUUCUUGACUAAAGCGAAAAAAGGUAAAAGUAAUAUUUUGCAUCAAAAGCUGUCUACUAUCUGCUACAGUAUCUUAGCAAAGCAUGAUCCAGUUGGAAAUACUUUUGCAAGCUUCAAUUUUUCUUUACCCCGACCAAGCUUCAAUUUUUCUUCACACCAACAGUAUGAACUACAUAAGUUGAUUGGAUGUUAUUUUCUUAAACGUAUUGACGACUAUGAACACAGACAGGAGAUCACAGAGAAAGUUGUACACAACUUAUUGAAAGCCUGUACUUAUGUUGAUGGCAAGAAAUCUUUGCAUCUUAUUUCAAUGGUGAUUUCUGUUUUCUCCUUCUACAAUUUCAAAUGCAUGGAAUCUUUUUUUGAAGUUGUGCCCUGCUCUUAUUGGUUGCCAUGGAUACCUCAAUUAAUUGCAUCUCUCAAUCAGCAUGAAACAAAUAAUGCAGAAAAUGUACUAAAAAUUGUUGCUAAAACCUAUCCUGAAGUUGUAUACAUGCCAUUAUAUGUAUUGAAGGAAAGUAGGACAUGUAAUAAAACGGUCAUUGAAUUAAUAUCUUCUAUGGAACAGUCUAAUCCCAAGGAAUGUGCUACAUUAAGAAAAUUUGGAGAAGGGUUGGAACGUUUACAAGAUAAAGUGCAUGGCUUCUUCCUGGGAAGAUCUAAACUGAAACUUCAAGAAUUAUAUGAAGGAGAUCUUUCAUUCUUGAAGGAAACUUGCCAAGAGCUUUCCAAACAGUUUGAGCGAAGCAAAGAGGAUUCAUUGCAAGCUGAAAUUACGGAAAUUUUACACACAUUUAGUGACCAUCAUGUUGAUGACAACCAAAAUGCAAAGUUCAAAACAACAACAAUAGCAAACAUUUCUACUGUCAUCAGAAAAAGUAUCCAAAGAGUCAUCGAGAGGCAACCAACUCAAAAUACAUUAUGUUUAUGUGACUUCUUGCCAGAAUACUAUUUGCAAAAUGAAGGUGCAAAGUUAUAUUUUGAUGUUCCUUUGAAUAAAGGAAAUCAGGCUUCAAGAAAAAUUUCAGGAUUUUUGAACAAGGUGGAAAUUGUAAAUGAUGAAUUUAACUUUGGUAUCAGAAUUUGUAUGAAAGGGGAAAAUGGACAGAUUCUUCCAUUUGUGCUCCAAUUUUGUCAUCCAGAUACUUACAUGAUGCAAACUUUAGUUUACCAAAUGUAUGAAUUAGUGAACAUUAUUUUUAAUCAAGAAAGUGGAAGCAUGGUAAAACUCCAAUCUCCCCAGUCAUUACUCAUUGGUCCUAAUUUGAAAAUCGUAUCUGAUUACAAGCACUCUAAAACGUUGCUUGAACUAUGCUCUCAGGCACCUGGUAAAAAAGAAUUUAAUGAUUUCUUCUGUGAAAAAAGGCUUUUAUCACUGUAUGAUGAAUUCCGUAGUAUGGAUUACUUAGAAAGAAAAAACAUAAAAUUUCCUACAGAUUUGCUUAGAAAUUGGUGUCUGACUCAUAAAGAUCCUCGAUCAUAUCAAUUGUUUAAAAGACAGUUCUCAAAAAGCUUGGCCAUCUGUAACUUCAUGAACUAUUCAUUUUGCCUUGAUCACCAGAAUCCUGAUUUGUUUCACAUAGACCUCAAUACUGGUCACAUUGCAAUUCAUGAUUUGAGCUUUCAAAUUUUAUCAGAUGACGCAAACGAUGCAGUAGAGAUGCCUUUUCGUUUGACACCAAACAUAUCAAACUUCAUAAGAAAUGAAAUAAUUGGCCCUUUCAAAGAGGAUAUGAUUUCUUCUGCCCGUUGCUUAUACAGACGAGACCAAGAAAUUUUAUAUUUUCUAAAGACAUUGUGGAAUAAUCAUUCUCUUUUCGAAAUUUCACUUUUGGAAAAUGAAGAAAUAUCUGAUGAAGAAACAUCUGAUGAAGAAACAUCUGAUGAAGACACAUCUGAUGAAGAAACAUCUGAUGAAGAAACAUCUGAUGAAGAAACAUCUGAUGAAGAAAUGGAAAUUGAUGUAAGAGAAGCUUCCAGAAAUUUUGAGGAGAUGGACGAAAUUUUAGACGAAGCGGCAAAUAGUGUUUUGAAAAAAAUUAAAGAUUUGGCAGACUUACAAAGAAGCGGCACUAAUGCUGGACCCAAUGAAGCAAUACACCAAUUAAUUAUAUAUUCCCAAAGGGACAUACGUGACACAGCUUCCCUGUAUAACUGGUGUAGAUAUAAAUUCUGGUUAUAAUCAAAUUUUCUGUUAAAUUCCAAUGUUGAAAAUAUAAGUAUUUUUUUAUGAUAUAUCUAUAGUGAAACUUCAAAAAUUUUGAAGUUAAGUGUGAAUAAAACACCAAGUUAUUGAAAAUGAUAUAUCUACAUUGGAACUUCAGUUAUUUGAAGUUAAGUGUGAAAAAAACCACCAAGUUAUUGAAAAUGAUAUGUCUACAGUAAAACUUCAAUUAUUCGAAGUUAAGUGUGAAAAGAAAAAAAAACAAGUUAUUGAAUUGAUAUAUCUUCAGUGAAGCUUCAUUAAUUAUAAGUUAAAAACACCAAGUUAUUGAAAAUUCAACUUAUAAAAAGUCAAUUGAAAAUUCUUUUCUAUUUUAAUCUAUCCUGAGAAACAAAAUUUUGUUAAGAGCAAAUAACAUUGUAAACACUUUAACGAGUUUUAACAAAACGUUUUAACUAAUAUCGUUUUCAAAAUGUUUUACAAGAUAUGAAAUCGAUUUUAAAACAUGAGUGCAAAGUACUUAAUUCAUUGCAUCUAAAAAAAAAUUAUGAUAAAGGAUUACUAUCUGAAAAGUAAUCAUAUUUGUUUGUUUUAUAUUUUGAGAUACUUUCUUGGCCAGGUAGCUGUCCGAAGGUCUCUUGGAUAUUUAAAGGAAGGACUUUUUUUUAUGUUUUGAGCUUAUAAUUUUAUUUUAAGCUUUAUUUAUGAAAAGGAAUGAGUAAACAAAACAAAAAACUGAGCAUCAAUUUCUGUAGAACAAUCGAGUUGUAAUUUUUGUUUAAAAUGAUUUCGCAUAUUGAUGAAAUUUGAUUUUAAAAAAUAAAAAAAUUCUAGUCAUCGAAAAAAUCAACUUUUUGAACUUCCAGUAAUAGAAAAAUGAUUGCGCACAUUUUUGCCAAGAUUUUAAAAUUUUUAGAGUUUCUAAAAAAAUCAAGUUAAAGAAGUUUAACUAUAAAAUCAAUGUAAAUAAUAAAAAAAAAUUAUGCUUAAUGUUUACUUAUCUUCUGAUACUUAUGGAUUUUGACAUUAGAUUAUUUAUUGUUAUACUCAUUGCAUUUCUGUGGGAGAUCACAGGUUUACCAAGUUUUAUUUUUUAUUACAUAUUUGCCAAUUUUAUAACUACAUAUUUGCCAAUUUUAUAAUUUAUUCAGGGUUGGCUAGAAGUAUCCCUAAGUAAUGACUUAUUCUUAUGGAUUUAGAAUCUAAUAGAUUCAGAUCUGCAGACGUGCUCACAAAAAGUGAAAAAUUAUUUCGUAGUUUUUAUUAUUAGAGAGAUUUAACACUAAUGUUUUGCAUCCACUUAGUUCACACAAUUUUAUUAAUUUAAUUAACUGGGAGCAUACAGUUUUGGAGAAUCUGGUCCUUGGGUUUCAUUAUUAGAGAUAUUUAACACUAUUUCAUGCCCUCUUAAGUUCACAUGUUUUUGUUCUAAGUAAAUAGAUCUGUGCAUUUUUAAAGAGCCUGGUCAUAGGCAGGUACAAUUGCUUCAAAACAUACAGACUUAAACAAGAGGGGAUUUGAAUUGCUAGUGAUAAAUCUCUCUGUUACUAAAACCUGUAAUUGAAAUUGAGUAUGUCAUGUUUUUAAGAAUCUGCUCCCAGACAUGCUAAGUAGGAAUUCAGACUCCCUUUUAGAGGUACAAGCUUGAAGAAUUUUAAUCUGAACAUAGGAUUUACUUCGAACUCAAGAUGUAUAUAGAGAAAAAACCCAAAUUUUGCUAUCUCAACACUGAACUCACGAAGCAAAAGGACUGAACAGGAGUAGCAGAUCACUUAAAUGUUUACCUUAUAAAUCUUAAAUUUUUUCAAAAUUGAUGACUGAACCAAAUGUGUAUUUAAAAGCAUUAAAAGA